AUGGAAAUAACGUCGGAUUCUGUAUUGGACGCGAAAACAGCGGAACCGCUGGUCGUUUGGCCGCCUACAGUUGUCGAAGCCAAAGAUUCAUUGCACACUCGAACAUUCUAUUCUGACAUUCCUACUAGCAUCAAGAACUCCACAACUCCUGUCAUUCUUGGUGUUGACGAAGCUGGACGUGGACCAGUGAUUGGGCCGAUGGUUUACGGUAUCAGUUACUGCACAAAGGAAUACCAGGACGAAAUCUUGAAGAAGCGCUACGCUUUCGACGACUCCAAAAAACUCACAGACCCGGUCAGAAGAGACCUUUUUCAACGCAUGUACACUGGGGAGAUAGACCAGGUUGGGUACGCAACAACGUCUAUUACGCCCUGUGAUAUUUCCAGCGGUAUGCUCCGAUUCCCACCGGAAAAGAACUACAAUCUGAAUGAACAGGCUCACGACGUAACAAUGGCUCUAAUCAAAGGUGUAAUCGACCAAGGUGUGGCGAUAGACCAUGUAUACGUCGAUACAGUGGGUCCCCCCGCGUCGUAUCAAAAGAAACUGGAGUCUAAUUUUCCCAACAUCAAAUUCACCGUGGCCAAGAAGGCAGACUCUCUGUACUGCGUGGUCAGCGUGGCAAGUGUUGUUGCCAAAGUGACGCGUGAUGUGCUGAUAGACUCACUCAAGACUUCAGAGGAUGAAGUGAUAGGCUCGGGGUAUCCUUCCGAUGGGAAAACCACGGCCUGGCUGCGCGCAAACAAAACCGGGCUUUUUGGGUGGCCAUCUAACAUGGUGCGAUUUUCGUGGCAAACGGCACAGACUUUGUUAGACAAGAGUGCGGAUGCGGUUCCAAUCGAAUGGGAGGAAGAUUAUAUGGGAAAGGGAUCUCAAUCUGUCUCUGCGAUGUUUGCGGCCCCUCCCAAAGCCGUUACGCUGGACAAUUGGUAUGGGAUGGAGUAG